AUGGCAGAAUCAAAACCUUAUCGAGCCCCUUGUACUGCUGGAUCCAAAAUGUCAAAGUAUGAUGGUGAAGUUCUUCCGGAUCCAACUGAGUAUAGAACCAUUGUAGGUGCCCUUCAGUAUGUCACACUCACUAGACCAGAUAUUGCCUAUUCAGUUAACCAACUGUGCCAACAUAUGCAUGUUCCUACUUAUGUCCACUUUACAGCAGCUAAAAGAGUCCUGCGCUACCUCAAGGGAACUCUCACAUCUGGUCUACACUAUUGCAAAGGGCCAAUUCAUCUCAAUGCCUAUUGUGAUGCUGACUGGGCAGGAAAUCCAGAUGAUAGAAGAUCAACCACAGGGUAUGGAGUCUUUCUAGGUCCUAAUUUAAUCUCAUGGUCUGCCAAGAAACAACACAUAGUCUCAAGAUCCAGUACAGAAGCUGAGUAUAGGUCCCUCUCACUCACAGCUUCCUAA